CUGACCCUCGAUGAAAACUUGCUCACAGACCUUUUGGAGUUGCCAGGAUGGUUACGACUUACUUCUGCCAAGUGCAAUCGGGCAACAUUCAGAAUACAAUGGACCAAGUUGAAGACAGUACCUAUUGUUUUGAACCUCGACGAAGUGCACAUAGCCCUGGAGGUGUGCGAAGAGCCGCGAGUGGUCAACCCCACUGCGGCAGGUGCAAUGCCUAUACCAGGCAAAUACAGCUACAUACACAAGGUCAUAGACGGAAUAUCAGUGGCUGUUAACCAGGUUCAAAUAGACUUCAGGUGUGACGCGUUCACCAGCAGUGUUCAGAUCUCUCGAGUGACCGUGGAGUCAAGGACGCCGGAGGGGCGCAAAGGAGACCUAAGACUGACUAGAAUCAAAUCGCCCGACACCGGACAGCUGCUUAUAUUUAAAGAAUUGGAAUGGCAAAGCGCGCGUAUAGAAGCAAAGGCGCACAGCGCUGCGACGGCCAAUCUACAACCCCUGCGCCUGCUCUUCGGCAAUACCCAUUGCCGUAUUGUCAUCAAGAAACGGCUGUCAGACUGCGCCGUAAUGGGAUCUCGAUUGGCGAUCCGACCCGAACCGCUGGCGUGGGCACUGACGGACGGGCAGCUACGCGCCGCGCUCGCCUGCGCAGCCGCAUUAUCAGAGCCCAUUAAAAAAGCUACCACUGCCGCUACUAGAGCCAAAGCCGUCAGAAAGAUCGAGGAGCCUCGCGAGCAGAUCCAAAGUCGCUCGUCGACGGGCGAUCGCGACAUCCUGGCACGCAUGUUCGCGAAACAUGAUGUUCGCGAGACCUCGUAUCAUCUGCUCGCGCCGAGGAUCGACCUUCACCUGUGCGACGAUCCUGGCUUGGGCAGGUCAGAAAUGCCGUUGCUGACGACUGGCGGUGCUCUACAAGUGACCUUGGUCAGCAUACAGGCAGACUUGUUCCCCUACCACAAAGCCACAGGGGACAGGAGACAUUGGAGAGGAUAUAGAGAGUCAGCAACCCCACAUAGUCAAUGGUUAUCGCAGGCCCUAUCGUCGUUUUGUGGCACGCUGCUGGAGUCACUGGACCCCAGACCUAUUGCACCCAGUAAUAAAACUAGUCAAUCCGAGAGGGUGGAGGAGCCGAUGUCAAACGGCAUCAGCCACAAACCAGCCUCGCAACUCAGUGCUUCCACCGCUCCGUCCAACGCCAACGCUACCUCACAAGCAUCUCCUACACGGACGCGAAUCUUGCAACAACUAGGCAAACUGAUGACUACGUGUCUCGUGCUCAGGAUAGAUGAUUUCACAAUUUACAAGGUAUCAACAGGUUCGAAGUCGCGAGAAACGCCGCGUCCUCUAGUGAGCGCGGAGAAAGCGACACUGCCAGGAGACGCAGGGCUACUACAUGCUGAGCUUACAUUUUUCUAUUACCCUGGAGACGUCUGCUUCCCUGUGCCAGCACCAAAACUUUAUGUACAACUAAGCCCAGUUCGCGUAUCAGUGGACGUAGUGUCCUUCGUAUGGCUGGGCGCGUUUCUACCGCACGUGGCACACGCCGCGUCCGCCGCCGCCGACGAAAGUGAGCAAGAGGCUUAUAUGGAUGUUAGAGCUGAAGCUAUUAUGCCGAAGAUCGUGCUGGAAGCAGGCCCAGAACACGUAUCCCAACAACGGGAUCGCCCGAAAGAAUUGCAGCUGUGUACAGCACGAGCUACUCUCACCAAUGUUCGAGAAUCACCUAGAUCCAAUACUGCAGGGACUCGUGCGGAUUUGGCAGCUAUUUUGGCGGCUCUCCAGCGUUCAGCGCCACCUAGAGGACAGUUCCCGUGCUCGUCUGACGAUCUAGACCCGAUACAUGAAAAGUUUAUACUGCACGCUGAUAAUCUAGACGAUAUAGAGCGCGGCACUGCAGUGACACCUGAGAUGCUAUGGCGGGAGAACAGGUCAAUAUGGUGCGCAAGAGUGGAACCGCUAUGGGCAGACUUUUGCGGUGCCAGAGCCACCAAUUACAAACCUGCGCCACUGCUUGAUGCCACGCCUCUUACUGCCUGGAUGUGCUUCGAUGAUGGUCUCUCGCACAUCUGGGUGGUGGCACGCACGUGCGGGCUGGCGGGACUGCAGCUCAACCACUACCAGUUGCUCUUCCUCAUGAGGCAGCUGGAGCGCAUCUCAGAGAUGACCGCUUGGCUUGCUUAUGAUACUGCGAGACAACCUGAAGCCGAUAACGGAUCUAUAGUAGUAGGCGCAGUGGUUCCCGCGGUGGAGUUAACGAUAGUACUUCCCUCCAACUGUCCAGGACUAGAGUCUUCCCGCGACCUGGACAGCGUGCCGCUGGAUUCCUCCAGCCUUCAAGACCUGAAGAUGGGUUCCGAAGCAACAAUGGCGCCCUCAAUGAUGGAUCGGGACAACACAAGUUUACCGCCCCAAGCGUCCAUUGAAAUCUGCUCGGCGCAGCCGCUGCCCGCUGAGGAGAUACCGCCGCCCAGUCCGGGAUUGAGUUUCGGAGGCGACAUGCCUUUUGCAGGAUUCUCAUCGAUGCGUCGAGGGUUUAACUCACUGGUGACGUCGAUCGACAGCGCCCUUACACGUGACGAUACAAGAAGCGACGCGGCGUCGACCGCGAGCUCGGAUAGCGAUCGUUAUGUAGUCGUUGGAUUGGCGGCCGAAUCCCCUGACGACGCUGACUCUGCCUUUAGAGAGUUCGAACACGGGCGUGUAUCUAGCGGUGUAGAAGUUGCAGCCGAAGUGGUAGAACGAUCAUCCUCGCCUAGCGACCACUCUGUUACGAGCUCAUGUAGACGACGAGAUAUGAUAUCGACAUGCACGUGGCGUCUCAAUAACAUCCACUUAGUACACCAGAGCGGCGGCGGGAAGUCCUGUCUCCGAUUGGUAGCCGACGAUCUCAACACUGACGAAUGCUCUGCCAUUCCUUGGGACGAAUUUCAGAAUAAGUUCUCGAUGCGGGCGCGUGCGUGGACCGAGCCCGCAGUUGACGAGAACGCUGAACUACGUCCGAGGGAAACGCCUAGAGUCGCUGCUAGAUUGAUACAAACUGCAUCGCCUAGAUUACUUAAUGAAAAGGGUGAACCCCAAGGUCUUCAGGCGCCGACGGAGCUCCUAGAAGCAAGAGUGAGAGACCUCAGCCUCGCCCUCAACAUGAGUACUGCGCUUGCGCUAGCCGAGUUCAUUGAAGAUGAGAUUGUGGCGCCACCUAUGCCGCUUGAAAUACUAAUAGAAAACAUAAAACUCCACUUAGAAGAAGAUCGUCCUACGCGUUCCAUAUCAUCCCCUCCACCUCAACCGUUAGACAUAGACCUGACUACGCUGCGAUUAACUCGCGACGUCACCGGCGUCGUCCGUCUAGGACCCCCUAUGUCGACCCCGUCAACAAUCGCGUCGCCGGCAACGCCGCAGCCUCAACCAGAGCUAGAUGCUGCGAAAGAACAUAUUAACAGAUUAAGUACAGAGAAUGAGGAGCUACGAAAACGAUUAGUCACUUUGGCUAGAAUAGCCGAAGACAAUAGAGAAUUAAGAGCGAAAGUAGAAGAAGCGUCCGUAUUGCGUCAGUGUGUGCAUGCAGCGCAGCAAGAAGCAGCUAGUCUGUUGGCUGACAAGCAGGAGUUGCUGGAGGCCGUUAGAAUACUUCAGGAGCAGAUUUCAGGAGGUUGUCGCGGGAAAAGAUAGCGGUCCCGCGGCGGUCAGCCGCCGAAUUGCCUUGACUGUACCGCCUGCUGCGGUGAUCACCAAACUUAGACCCUUGUACAUCUUAAUAUUAGUAUAGAACAACAGUUCAAGUUACACUGGUAUAUUUACCUACUUAGAUUAGACCUAGAUUAGACGUUUUAAGACCCACGUUCAUCUUACCACAAGUACAACCGUCAAAGGUAUAUGGGUUGGUCGUUGUAAGAUCCUCGUUUGCCUUAUUACAAUUAUAUAGAACAACAAUUCGAGGCUUACUGGUAAUUGGGGAAUACUAUAGUAAGCAGCACUAAAAAGUAUUUAUCUGCUGCCAAUAAAGAAGAAAAUAAUAAUAUCUAGUUGGUACCUUUGUUACCCGCCAGUAUAUUGACAAC